AUGUCCCACGGAAAGCACUUCACGCUCUUCACCGCUUCCAUCUGGCCAAACGGCUGGAAGGUCAUUUUCGUGCUGCGGGAACUCGGCCUGGACUUUGAGCCGAUUUACCUCGACCUGAUGAAGAACGAGCAGAAGUCCCCCGAGCACGUCACGCACAACCCCAACGGCCGGAUCCCUACGCUCAUCGACCACAAGAACGAUGAUUUUGUCGUCUGGGAGUCCUGCGCGAUCAUGACCUACCUUGUGGAGAAGUACGAUACCUCGCACACGAUUUCCGUCAGCGACGCGGGCGAGAAGAUUCUGCAGCUCCAAUGGCUCUUCUUCCAAGCCUCCGGCCAAGGGCCGUACUUCGGACAGGCGGGAUGGUUCAGCAUGUUCCACCCGGAGAAGCUGCCGAGCGCCAUCGAGAGAUAUCAAAAGGAGACGCUGCGCGUGUUCGGCGUCCUGGAGGGGGUGCUGUCGCAGCAGGCGUGGCUCGUCGGCGGGAAGUGCACGAUCGCGGACUUUGCGUUCAUCCCAUGGAACAUCUACGCGCUGGAGAACUACAUCUCGCACUACAACGGCUUUGACUUUGCGAGGGACUUCCCGGCUGUGCACAGGCAAGCGUCGUCGGACAUGGUGGCAUAG